AUGGAGCCAGGCCUGAAGCCCGGCGGCGGCUGGUUCCAGGGCUGGCUCCCCAUCGCCCCGCCCUGGCCCCGGGACAGCUCCUGCCUGGCCGGUCGCCUUCCCGAGCGCGUCCGGAGAACUCGCCCGGUCGUCCUUAAGCCGGGAGGCGGCGGGAAGCGGCGGGAUGCGCUGGCGCGGUCUCCGCGGCUCCGCCGCCUGGCGGAGGUGUGCGCGGUGCUGCUGCGCCUGGGGGACGAGUUGGAGCUGAUCCGGCCCAGUGUCUACCGCAACGUGGCACGGCAGCUGCACAUCUCCCUGCAGUCUGAGCCUGUGGUGACUGAUGCGUUCCUGGCUGUGGCAGGUCACAUCUUCUCUGCAGGCAUCACGUGGGGCAAGGUAGUGUCCCUGUAUGCGGUGGCAGCAGGGCUGGCCGUGGACUGCGUGCGGCAGGCCCAGCCUGCCAUGGUCCACGCCCUUGUCGACUGCCUGGGGGAGUUCGUGCGCAAGACCCUGGCCACCUGGCUUCGGAGGCGUGGCGGAUGGACCGAUGUCCUCAAGUGUGUGGUCAGCACAGACCCCGGCCUCCGCUCCCACUGGCUCGUGGCUGCGCUCUGCAGCGUCGGCCGCCUUCUCAGAGCUGCCUUCUUCGUGCUCUUGCCAGAGAGAUGAGCCUUGCACCCGGGCGAUGGCCGCAGCCCAGCCCCGGGCCAAACCCAGGAGGCCCGCAGCACCCGGAAAGCAUCUCCCUCCUCCCCGCCCGAGCAGGGAGCACUUCACACACCUGCAUGCUGGAGGCCCCACCCUGAGCCCCUCCCCCUGCAGACCCAGGCCCUCUGUAGAGAGUGAGGGGAGAGGGGCUCCCCUGCGCCCAGAGCCCUGCCUCUUCCCUUUUCCUUCCAAGGCCAGGAAGUCAGGUCAAGCCCCAGACCCCAGAGGAAGGGACCUGGAACACCGUGUCCUCACUUGAUGCCCUGGGGUCCCAUCCCAGGAAAGGGGCCAUCUCAGGACCUGGCCUGGCCAUAGCUGGAGGAGCUGUGGCGUCUUACUGACCCUGUAAACAAAGCAUAAGGCUCAUGUGCUGGUUGCUGAGCCCAUUUAUGGAGGGAGAGUGUGUCCUGCCCCUGGGACAGUCCUUGUCAGGGGGGAACAGGUGUGGGGCUGUGGGUGAGAAGGACUGUCCAUGUGAGUUAGAUCCCAGUACGGUUUCACGUUAGUGGAGGGUGAGAGUGACCCCAUCCACUUUCUUUCCUCAUCUGCUUUUCCAUCUUCAUAUGAUCACCCAGGACGUGCCCUUCAGGGUCCCUAAGAACUCAGAUGCUGGGAAAGCCCAGCUCCUAAGGAUGUACCGGAGUCCCCUGCCAACCACAGUUCCCCAGGCCGGGCACGUGAGAGGCGUCCUCCCUGCAGCCCCUCGCCGGCCCCACCCAGCACCGCGCAGCACAGCGCUCAGAUGACCCAGGCUGCGUGCACGGCCAUCCUUCCUCUGUAGCUCCCCAUACCCACCCUGGGGCUCGGCCCUGGAAUGAGGCCUGGCCUUGCAGCCUGCCAUCCAAAAGCCACCCCCUGAGCCCUCCCUGCCAGGCUGCGUACGGGUGGGCCACGUGCCAGCAGGAAAGCUGCAGAAAGCCAGCCACAGAACCAUGUGGAGUUCAAGUCCCACUGGAGGGCAGAGGCUGGUAAUAAACCUCUCCAAACAAUUAUUUUCCUUUUA